ACAGUAUCAGAGUUUCGCCUGAGAACUGAGCAUAUGGCGUGUUCCGAACGCGGUCGUUUAUAAGCCGUGAGAGGAGUCAUUCAUCCAGACACAUUACACACUGAAGAUGGCUUCGGUUUGGAGUCUGGCGUUUACCUUGGUCGUCGUGGGUUUGGGAUUCUGCCACGGCAAGUUAUGCAUUCCCGACUGCUCGGAAAUGAGGGAGGGCGACAAGAUCCCUGAUCCUACUAACUGCUUCCGCUAUUACUACUGCAGCGACCCCGAAGGCACAGGCGAGCUGAUCCACUCCUCUGAGCCUUUAGACUGUCCUGAGGGGUAUUAUUUCAACGCUGAGCUCCAAAUAUUAGAAUGUGAGCCAAUCGUCCCAGAAAAUAUGCACUGCACCACUCUAUGUAACCCGUGUGAGGUGAAGUGUACAGCGCCAGGUACGCUCAUCCCGAGUGUGAAUGACUGUGGAAUGUACAAGAUCUGCCUGGACGACGGGAACUCUAUCGACGACGCUUGUCCCAGCAACCUGCCUUAUUUCGACUACGAGGCGGGCAUCUGCUCUCAAGACCCUAGUGGCUGCUACAGCCUCUGUGACCCCUGCGAUCUCUACUGCACGCAUGAAGGCAAAGUCCCUGAUCCUCUCGACUGCAUGAUGUACUAUUACUGCGACCCUCCUCUUCUCUCUCACUUCGAGUGUCCAAAUGGCGAGAUGUUCAACCCGGACACCCUGGUCUGCGAGAACAAUCUGACGGGCAAUUGUACCAACUUGUGUUAAAGACAUGUUCCGGUUUUAUGUUGUUUGUCUCAUUCCAGUUGCGAUGAAUUUCUCAGAAUGCUCUCGUCGGUCAUGAUGGCGCUGGUUUUGUAAGACAGAGAUAAACAGAUAUAGGUACAUACUAACACAGACAGAUAUAUAGGAAUACACACACACACACACGCGCCCUUCACCCACACCCCACACACACAUACACACGCACAGACACACACACACACGCACGGACGAACACACACACACACACACACACACACACACACACACACACACACAGGGGGAGAAUAAAGGGAAGGAGAGAGAGAGAGAGAGCGAAAGAGACAGAGAGAGAGAGAAACAGAGAGAUGGGGGGGGGGGCAGAGCCAGAGACAUAGAGAAGGCACGAAAGGGAGAAUGCAAGAGGAUGGAGAGUUAGGAAGACCAGCGAACUUCUGAUAAAAGUAAAAGGCAAUUUGUUUACGCAAUAGAUUUUAAUAAAAAUGUCACGAUAA